AUGUUAUUUAAGAAUAUAAAACAAUUCAUUGUAAAUGUUCAACUAAGAGAGAGAGAUCAUGAAUUGAUUGAACAUGUAACAACAAAGAUAGAAUAUCUCUAUGAGUUGUAUCCAUAUUACUGUGCAAUACAAGAGAUGGUUACACCGAUUAUAUAUCACUCUGUAUUAAGCUAUCAGCAAUAUAUAAAGAGAAAGAGAGUAUUGGAGGUUUUCGAAGAAGGCAGCUAUCCACUACACUUUGACAGCAAUCAUAGUCGGUCCAAAAUCAACCAUUUACUAUCACUUGUUCAACACCAACAACCGACCGAACAUCUCUAUAUACUCGAAGGAAUUACCUCCAAUGAAAUAAUAGAAACUUGUAAUAUCAUAAAGAAUGGUGUAAUCUAUUUAAAUUGUUUAGAUAGUAUCAAUAUCAAAGAAAAUAAGAAUAAGAAUAGCAAUGAAGUUUUAGUUGGAGAAGAAGAACAAGAACAAGAACAAGAAGAAGAGCAAGAAGAGGAAGAUAAAGAUAGUUUGACAAUUCUUAAUAUUCUUUCUAAAACUCUAAGAUAUGAAGAUGAUUACAAUGUCAUUUAA